AUCUCUAGCCGUGCCGUAGUCGUAGUCAGUUGCGCAUGCGCACUUCUUUUCUAUCUUUCUUGCCUUUCUGCAGUCGUUCACCAACAUGUGGAUACAGCUCCGGAGAUUUGUAAACAAAUACUGCACUUUUAAGCAAGACUUGAUAUUUAGAUCGAUAUCCUCCUGUUGUCCGUCUUGAUUAAUCGGCUCUUUAGGGUUUUUAGAAUAGGCUUUUCGGUGCGAGAUGCCCAAAGGAAAGAGGAGACCCAAAGCAGGUGGCGCCGCGCGCGGUGGCCGGUGCGAGGCCAGCCUGGCUCCGUCGUCCAGCGACGAGGAGUCCAACGCAGACACGGCGAGCGUGCUGAGCUGCGCCUCGGAGUCUCGCUGUGGCAGUGACGGCACGGUUGGAGACCCAGAAGCGGAGGAGGCUGUGCUGCACGACGACUUUGAAGACAAGCUCAAGGAGGCCAUCGACGGAGCUUCGCAGAAGAGUGCCAAAGGACGGCUGUCGUGCCUGGAGGCGAUUCGCAAGGCCUUUUCCACCAAGUACCUCUACGACUUCCUCAUGGACAGACCGAGCACGGUGUGUGACCUGGUGGAGCGUGGGGUGCGCAAGGGCCGCGGGGAGGAGGCAGCCCUGUGCGCCACUCUCGGGGCCCUGGCCUGCGUCCAGCUCGGGGUCGGGGCCGAGGCGGACGCCCUGUUCGACGCCCUGCGCCAGCCGCUCUGCACCCUGCUGCUCGACGGGGCCCAGGGGCCCUCCCCCAGGGCCAGGUGUGCCACGGCCCUCGGCCUCUGCUGCUUCGUGGUGGACUCGGACAACCAGCUGGUGCUGCAGCCGUGCAUGGAGGUGCUCUGGCAGGUGGUGGGCGCCAAGGCGGGCUCCCCGUUGCUCCAGGCGGCGGCCCUGCUCGCCUGGGGCCUCCUGCUCAGCGUGGCUCCCGUCGACCGCCUGCUGGCACUCACACGCACGCACCUGCCCCGGCUGCAGGAGCUGCUGGAGAGCCCCGACCUGGAGCUGCGCAUUGCGGCCGGGGAGGUGAUCGCAGUCAUGUACGAGGGGGCCAGGGACUACGACGAGGACUUUGAGGAGCCCUCGGAGUCCCUGUGUGCCCAGCUGCGCCAGCUGGCCACAGACAGCCAGAAGUUUCGGGCCAAGAAGGAGCGGCGCCAGCAGCGCUCCACCUUCAGGGACGUCUACCGGGCCGUCAGGGAGGGGGCCUCUCCCGACGUGAGCGUCAAGUUUGGUCGGGAGGUCCUGGAACUGGACACCUGGAGUCGCAAGCUGCAGUACGACGCCUUCUGCCAGCUGCUGGGCUCUGGCAUGAACCUGCACCUGGCCGUGAACGAGCUGCUGAGGGACAUCUUUGAACUGGGGCAGGUGCUGGCCACCGAGGACCACAUCAUCUCCAAGAUCACCAAGUUCGAAAGGCACAUGGUGAACAUGGCCAGCUGCCGGGCCCGCACCAAGACGCGCAACCGGCUGAGGGACAAGCGCGCCGACGUGGUCGCCUGAACCUGCGGACGGAUGUUUAGCUAUGCACUCUCCGGCCUAGCCCGGCGGGACUGGAUGCCACUCGCGAGUCCGCGCUCGCAAAUUCGCCGCCCAUCGUUACGCAAUGGGAGAGGAGGUUCCUGGGUCUCGACGUCCGGGGAAGCUGCUUUUGGCAUUACCGUUUGGGGUCGGCUCCAACCCAUAGACGGAUUUCUUUUUGGUGGUCGUUUCUGGGUUACACGUUUUGGGGGGAGGGUGUUGGAACUGUCCGGUUCUUUGGCGCAUGUCGGGCAGCACUUGUUGCGCGGCGCGCUUGCGUACUGCCGACGCCGAGUGUUUGGGCGAUUCCCAGAAAAGAGUGCCUCUCGCUCGACGUUCGGUUGCCUUUUACGUGGCCCGUUGUAGACCUUCGUUCGUCCAAAGACGCCGUCCGGUUUCAUACCCCCCACCGUACACAUAUCGAGGCAGAUUAAAUUGCGGAGGGGCACGUCUGGCAGGCUGAGAAGUGGCUUAUUUGUCUUUUAAUUUUGCCGAUGCGCGCAAAAAUUAUAAUUUCUUGAAAGUUUUUUUUUUUUAUUAUUAUUGCGUACACAAUUCACACUUUUCUUUAAUUUCUGAUGAAGUCUGUUUUAUGUGUGCGUGUGUAAAACGUAACUGAAAGAAUUUUUAUGCACGCUGAACAAACGCUCGGUCCUGGGGUUGAAAGUGCUCGGUGCGUGCAUGAGCUAAAGUGCAACUGCUUUGUUCCGAAGGUUUUCUAGUCGCCGAAAUGUACCAUUGUGGAGCUUGUUGCGAGAGGCCUUGGUCUUCUGGGGGAGCUGUCGUAGCGUGGCAAGCCACUAUAGUGGGAGCGACAUUGCGGAGAAAAUCGGCUUUUAGAAAGGCACCUGGGCGGCGAGUGGACGUUUUUUUCAAAUAUACUACGGAAUAAAAAAAAAAAAAAAAAGCCCUGUACAGGUUUUUGUUUUAUCCAGGCCGAUGUUUUUGGAUGCUGAGAGAUGUUUUGUUUUGAGAUAUAAUUUGUGUGAAUGUGCUGUUAUACUGUAUUUGUGUGCUGCUGAGAUGCUUUUAUGUUCACCGAACACUUUGUUGAUAAUAAAAGCUGAAGGCCAAAUGCCA